AUGGCGGAGAACUACCAGAUGCUGGAGGAGCUGGGCAGCGGUUCCUUCGGCAUCGUCUACAAAGCCCUCGAGAAGUCGACGGGCCAAUACGUCGCCAUCAAGCACAUCGAUCUCGAAGGUAGCGACGACGACAUUCGCGAGAUCCAGCAGGAGAUCAGCCUGCUCGCGACCUGCUCCUCCUCCUACGUCACAGCAUACCGAACCUCUUUCGUGCGCGGGACAAAACUAUGGAUCGUGAUGGAGUAUCUCGGAGGCGGCAGCUGCCUGGAUCUGUUAAAGCCAGGCGCAAUGGACGAGCGAUACAUUGCUAUCAUCCUGAAAGAGCUACUGCAGGGGCUGGACUAUCUGCACUCGACGGGGAAGAUCCACCGAGACAUCAAGGCGGCGAACAUCCUACUCAGCCAGACGGGGCAGGUCAAGAUUGCGGACUUCGGGGUGGCCGCGCAGUUGACAAACAUCAAGUCGCAGCGGUUGACGUUUGUGGGCACACCAUUUUGGAUGGCUCCGGAAGUCAUCCAGGAAGCCGGGUAUGACUACCACGCUGAUAUCUGGUCGUUGGGUAUUACGGCCAUGGAAAUGGCACUCGGAGAACCACCACGGAGCGACGUACAUCCUAUGAAAGUGCUCUUCCUGAUACCGAAGGAGAAGCCGCCGAGGUUGGAAGGCAGUCGCUUCAGCAAAGAGUUCAAAGACUUUGUUGCGCAAUGCCUCAACAAGAACCCCGAGGGACGUCCUUCGGCUAAGAUUCUGCUAAAGCAUGCCUUCAUUCGUCGUGCUGGCAAGACCGAUUUGCUGCAAGACCUUGUGCAGAGGACGAAGGCAUACGAGCAGAACGGCAGGGCUCAUGAGAGAGACUCCAGAUACUAUGAAGAGACGCUACGAGAGAUGAGCAGUGCAGAUGAGGAAGACGAAUGGGUCUUCGACACCAUCAAGCCCGCGACCAAGUUCGGCACGAUUGCGAAACACACGGUCAAGAGACGGAAGCUGGAGCGCAUACCCUCGGGUGAUGGAUCGGAUAUGGAGAACGCCACCUCAGCAAUGGAGGGUAUGACCCUGGAUGCUGCGCCGUUAGGCGAUAUCACCAAUUCCACGACCAGCACACCCACUCGGGAGAUCUCCACCAUCAAAACCCCAAAGCCGCGCAUCAGCAGCAGUGUGCGGAAAGUGUCAGCCAUCACCGCCCGCAAAGUAUCCGUCUCAUCGCCAACAGCUCGCCGCGUGAGCCGCAAGGUCUCUGGCAACAAUGCAACAUCACGCAAGGUCAGCGGCGCACCAGCGCAAUCUUCCGCGCAGAAGCAGCCCUUGGGUCUGGACAUGUCCUUCGGCAACGGCACGUCGACGGUCCGGCAGUUCAAGCGGGUGUCUUCCAGCCACACUCCUUCAUCCCCCAAGCAUCACAACCAGCCUUCAACCUCGCCGCAAGACAGCGUCUUCGACAGCGAUGCUGAAAACAAGCCACCGCCUGCGCCCCAGCAGCAAGCCCAGCCUGCUGCGCAGCCCAACACGAAGGAAGCCAUGGUCGGUCGCCGCGCUUACGACAAGGCACUGGAUCCUGCGUUCCAAGAAGCUCAUGCUGCAACAGCCGACCGCACCAAGCGCGAAGCUCUGGCAGGCGUAGCAGAAUCCUGGGCCCACCUUAACGCCGUUGACCCGGAAGGAGAGCUGGCACUUCUGCGAGCAAUGAUGGAUCGCAUCCAGUCCGACCCGAAGCUCGCCUCCGCUCUGCUACCCCAACGAGUCGCGAACGCCCAACUAGCCUCUCUCCGCAUGAAUUCGCCUACGAAGAAAGGCAGCAUCCGCGUUCACGAGUCCGAAGUCUCCAGCAGCAGGGACGUCACACCUACCUCCUCACCCUCCAAAGCCGCCAAGACACCCUCUUCGUCUCCACUGAAAGACAAGUACGGCGCGAGCCCCGGCAAGCUGGUGUUGAACCCGCAGAACCCGCAUCUUAAGAAGAUGCGGUCGAGUCAGGCGCUCAAUGCCGAACGGGAGAAGGAGAAGCUGGACGAGAAGAUGCCGGGUCGGCCGAGCGAGCCGGGGAUGGAGCAUGUAGGCAUGCUGGGGGAGGUGUUGUAUGGGCGCUGGACGGAGGGUUUGAAGGCGAGGUGGCCGAUCAAUUAG